AUUUUCCUUUGGAGUUACUGAAAGAUGAGGGGCUGCAGUACUUGGAGAGACUUUAUAUGAAAAGAAAUUCUCUGACCACAUUGCCAGAAAACCUUGCACAGAAGCUUCCAAACCUCGUGGAAUUGUGAGUUUGUGUAGGAAUUCUAAUAUAUUCUUAUUGUGCUGCUCCAUCUCAUCUUAAAAUAGUUUUGUAAUGUAUUGCUGUAUAUUACCUGUGUUUUAAAAAGGAAGGGUUUUAUUGGAGACCAAAAAAGGUGCUUUUUCUGUUUUUUCAAAUGGUGGUAAAUCCAGAUGUAUUCAGUGGUUUGUGUUGUUUUUUGUUUUUUUUUUAGGAUUUCUUGUGUUGAAUAACAAGAACAGUUAUACAAGUGCUUGCACUAUCAAGGGGGGGGAAAAACACCUAUCUAAACUGUUGUAAUUCUAAUACAAAGUACUUGAAGCUCCACAUGCGAUGGUUGUGACAGAGCCAGAGCCCAUCCCUGUUGCACAUUGCCACUCCAGCUAGGAGAGCUAUAAAGUCUUCAGUCUCACUGAUUCUAGAAGGUGGUUUGUGCACCCUGGCUGUUUUUUUUUUUUUUUUUUUUUUUUUUAAGUCAAGACAAGUAGCAGCAGGAACGUGCAAGUGUGAGUAGUAACAGCUGGAGACAGAAUGGAUUACCCAGUUUUGCCCACAGAAGGGGCACCAUGUGAACUGUUUUCUUUCGGCAAUUAAAUUGAAGUUGUGAAGCCUGAGCCAACAGUUUCCCUCACUCCCUACUUUUUGUUGUUGUUAAGGCUGUAUUGUCCUUGCUUAAUGGAAUUGGAGGAUAGAGGAUAAAAAGGACAUCCCCACAUCCCGCUGUAACUCACUUUUCUCAUUUGUAGUUUGGUAAUUGACAGACCAGUGCUUCUGUUUAAUGAAAAGCUCCAAACAGGAGGUGGUGUGAGUAGUCUAAUGCGUUCAGCUGUCUGAUCUUGUCAUCUUAAUUUGGUCCUUGAGGCCACACCUUUCUGGUACACAUGACCAGCGUAUAAUUGAACUGUUUUGUAUGUCGCUGCAGCCUCCAAAUUGCUUAAGUAACAGUCAUGUCUCAUCAUGCUGGAGUCUUAAGAGUUUGUUUAUGCUGCUGAGCAGUAAAAUAAAUACUACUUCAUAUAUUUAGUGUUUAAUGAUUUGCCAUGGGGCAUCAGGAGAUCUCUGCUAUUUGAUGAUGCCUUUAGGGAAGAGCUUUGUAAAUUAUAACUUAAAAUAAUAUCUUACAAGCACCGACUGUAAGAGUGAUACCUAAUUAUUUGAGGUUCAGCAAGCAUAGCUGUACCACCAUUAUUCUUUACGUUCUAGGGAAUUGCAGUGAGCCUGUGAUUUGUGUAACUUUAAUAACAGAAACGCAGACAGUAAGAGCUGUUCAUUGUCAGAGAAGAGUCCGCAAUAUUUUCUAAAAAAAAAAAAAAAAUUGUUAGUUUAUUAUAGACAAAUUUCACUUUAAUAAAAAUGAAAAUUGGUAGCAAUUUCACUGUACAUUUUUAAGAACUGUACUGUUGUCUACUUAUAUACAUUGUGUUUGUCAUACGGGGAGGCCUGUUGUAAAUCCUUAUCAUGUACCUUUUCUAAUUUACUGAUUGAAAUAGUCGAGUAUUUCCGGGAGCUGCAGGUGAAAUGAGUAGGAGAAUUCUCGUGUCAAGGCUACAAAAGAAGGUUUUCACAAAAACAUUGGCUAUCCUUUUGCUUUUGAAUAUUUAUCAGUAUUUGAAAAUUUCAUUAGUGCUAUUUUCUACAAGAGCCAUUUGUUCAUUUGCAGCCGUGUUAUUUUAGGCAUCAAAGUUAAAACACGAGAAAUGCAUGUUGCAGUAGUUGAGAAGUGACUGGCAGUGCUGGAAAAGUUCCAGCAGGGGGUGCUGAACAUUUUUGGUGGGAGAGCUGCUCUCCCUCAGUAACUAAGCGACAAUGGGUAAAUUGGGUUUGGUUGGGUUUUUUUGUUUUUUCUUUUGGAAAAAUAUACUCUAGAUCUGAAAAACUCAAUUAGGGUGACUGCAUCAUUUGCAUUCAUUCAGUCAGGUAAAGCGCAAGAUUAUUUUUUUAAGUAUAGAGGGAAAUGUUUCUAAUUGGAAUAGCUUCUGCCAGGUGUUUUUUCUUUGUGGGGUGUUUCAUUCUGUGUGGGGUAACCUGAUGGUCAAGUAUGGUUGGCUUUACUUAUGCUGUCUGCUUCAUUCUUUUUCCUUGAUGUUUUUUUCUUGUGACUCUCAGAAUUGAAGCCCAUUAUUUUAACUGUGAAUGUUCCAUUUUAAUUAAUUAUGUGUCAUUCUGUUUUAUUUUUAAGUUUAUCAUUAGUCUUAAGUGAAACUUAAGUAUCUGUCCAUUGCCAGUAUAUGUGGUGUCCACAGCUUUUAUGGUCAUAAAAAGGAAUGGCUGUGAGAGUGCUCUUUCAAUCUGAAAUUGGAUAUUUUGCAAACUGAUUAUGUAGCAGAAGUCCUUGAGGGUAACAGGUGGUGUCCUCUGCUUUUUUUUUUCUCCUCCCCCCAGGUACCUUCAUUCAAAUAACAUAGUUGUUGUACCUGAAGGUAAGUAAUCUACCAGCUCGCAUAAGUGGCAGGAAUCAUAAAAUAUUCAUUUUUGUUCUUUGAAGAGGCCUAUCUUUUUCUUUAUUUCCCCAUAAAACAUUAAAAACUUUGAUACAAAACAUACCAGUAUAGCUUUUAGUUGAUAAUAUCCUUGUUUAUGUUAUAUUAAAUUCUUGUAAUGAACUCUCAAAUGCAUCUGAACGCUGGUUGCUUCAAUUCUAAUUGAAGAGACUGGAAUGGCUAAGUGGCACUCAUCUACAGAAACAAAAAUCCAGAGCGUCUUCUGCUCUGAGCUGCUUACUACCCAGAAUACUCUGCUGGUUUAUGUCAUGGAACUUUUGAAACUUAAAAUAUCAAGAACUUGUAUUGUAUUAGUCUCCUGUGCAUUAAAUUUAGAUUUGUGUCCAACUUCAGUGCAGUACUUUAAGCUCUGUUGGUACGUAUAGAUUGGAUAGAUGCAAAGGAAUAAAAGUGAAAAAAAAGUGAGGUUUUCCUCUCAACCUCACUGCCAGCAAUAAAGUUUUUUAGAUGAGCAUUUUCAUCAACUGUGUCAUUCAGUUCUCAGACCGACUUUAAUGCAUCAAAAUCUGCUGCUGCUUAGGUGUAAGCCAUUGGCUCCCUCGUUAAACUGCAGUUUCUGGACCUAAGUGAUAAUGCCCUUGAAAUUGUGUGUCCAGAGAUCGGUCGCCUGAGAUCUUUGCGUCAUCUUCGUUUGGCUAACAACCAGCUGAAAUAUUUACCUGCAGAGGUUGGAGAUCUGAGGGAGCUGCAAACACUGGAUAUUUCAACCAAUCGCUUGAUAACCUUACCUGAAAGGCUGCAUAUGUGCCUCUCACUGCAGUACUUGACUGCAGACCGGAACCACCUGUGGUAUGUUCCCCGCCAUCUGUGCCAGCUUCCAAGCCUCAAUGAGCUCUCCAUGGCUGGGAACCGCCUUGCAUUUCUGCCUCUUGAUUUAGGUCGUUCGCGGGAGCUACAAUAUGUUUAUGUGGAUAACAACAUUCAUCUCAAAGGCCUUCCAUCUUUUCUGUAUAAUAAAGUCAUUGGUUGCAGCGGCUGUGGUUCUCCAAUUCAAGUUUCAGAGGUGAAACUGCUCUCUUUUUCAUCGGGACAGUUAACUGUGUUCCUGCCAGCAGAGGUGAAAUCUAUAGGGACAGAAACAGAUCAUGUGCUGCCUUUGCAAGAAUUGGCUAUGAGGACCCUCUAUAACACUUACUACGUGUAUUUAAAAGAUUUGAAUUUUCUUACUCCAAUCUCACUACCAAAAAGCCUCUUGGAAUUGUUGCACUGUCCCUUGGGACACUGUCACCGCUGUAGCCAGCCCAUGUUUACCAUUGUCUACCCAAAGCUCUUUCCCUUAAGGGAAACUCCAAUGGCAGGAUUGCAUCAAGGGAGGACAACUGUUAGUUUUGUGGCAUACUGCUGCUCCACCCAGUGUCUGCAGACUUUUGACCUACUGAGUUGAUAAACAUUUUAAACUACUCAGGAGUGCUGCCAGUUUAAAGCUGCAUUAGACGUCGUAUCCCGUUGGUACUGGAAUACAGUGUGUGUGCCAAAGCAGCAGAAGUGCCCGGUCGGGAACAUUAAGAGGCACUUAAAUCCUGCCCUAUCAAAUUUGGAUGAAGUGCAGAAACUUUUUCGGAAGUGUAAAUACCAAGUUUUUAAGAGCAUUAACUUCUCUCAGCAAAGAUAGCAUACCAGACAAAUUUUUGAGUUCUAAGUCCCUAGAUUUGCAGUGUUUUUCAAACUGCUUUCGGUGGAUCCACUGUGUCUUCUGGGGCAGUUUUCAUGCCUUUAACAGUGUCCAGCCGAUCUAUAAUUUAAAAACUAUAUGCCUGAAUGGUUUUUGUUUAUUGUUCCCAUCUUUUACAUUCUACAGUUGUAUCCAGGUGUGUAAAUCUAAGACUGUACAUGCUUUUGAAGGAACCCUGUGACUUUGACAUAGAACUUGGUUUUAUUUUUUCUCUCUCAUCUCAAUAUUUUACCCCACAGAGUUAUCCAAGUUUUAUACUAAAUCUUUAACAGGCAACCAUGCUAUUUAAAUCCAUGUAUUUAAAGCAGAUCUUUGCUUCUGGUAUUACUGUGAGCCACACUUACUCCACUGGAGGAGCUAGGAUAUGUCUGGAGACUGAAGGUGCUGUUUGAGUAACAAAGGCCUAUGCUGAUAUCUGCAGCAAGUGGUGUUGCUCUGGUGUUUGGUGACGUUGUCUUUAUUUUCAUCACUUCUAUGCUGUAUUUUUAAUAAAAGCAGUUUCCCUUUU